AUGUCGUGGGGCUGGAAUACCAUUGAUUCCGAUGCGGUACGUGGCGUUUUCACCGAAUUGGUCGAGCGUUUGGGCGUCCAGAACGUCCAGUUUGACGAGCUCUACUCCAUAGAUAAGGAAUCGCUUCUUGCCGUGGCGCCAGUGUACGCUGUGGUGUUUUUGUUCAAGUAUAGUAAGCUUGACCGGGAGUAUGCGGCGAAGAAACAGCCAAUUGACGGUGAAUACGAUCCCGAUUAUGCUGAAAAGGGCAUCUUUUUUGCCAAUCAGACCAUCCAGAAUGCUUGUGCUACGCAGGCUGUGCUUAACUCGUUGCUUAACAAGCUUGACGAUAUUGAGAUUGGGGAGGAGCUUCAUAACUUGAGGUCGUUUAUUGAAGGUUUCGAUCCAGAAAUGGCCGGGGAAACGUUAUCCAACUCCGAGACGUUAAGGUCAGUUCAUAAUUCGUUUUCUGCUCCUAAGUUCAUUGAUAGUGACCAGUUGCCGCCGCCAGAUAUGGACGAUAAGGACGACGGGCUUUUCCAUUUCAUUACUUACCUCAAUAUCAACAAUACCAUCUAUGAGUUGGACGGGUUGAAGCAGUACCCUAUCAAACACGAGACUUUGGAUGCGCCAGACCAUUUUUAUGAUGUUCUUCCCCGGGUGUUGCAAAGAAGAAUCGAUAAGUACCAGGGCGAGAUCCGUUUCUCGUUGAUUGCAAUCACAAAUAACAAGUUGGAGCAGUAUAAGCUCUUGGGUGAUGAUAUGAGUGUCCAGCAGGAACUCGUGAAGAGAGAAACGUGGAAACAGGAGAACAAGUUCCGUCGUCAUGACUUCCCAAAGCUUACGGUGGCGCUUUUGAAGAAUAUCCUGAAGGGAAUGAGCGAUGAAGAGUGGGAACAGCUUCUAAACCUGGCGAGACUGAAAUCGCUUGCACGUCAAAGCCAGCGGUUCCUCCAGUAA